UCACGAUCUUGGUAAGUAGCUGGUCACAUUCAGGUAUAGUCCACAAGUUGUGUGCGUAACAGAGUGUUUUGGGCAGAGAGGCAUAGGAUGGCUGAAGCUGCAAACAGGAUAAUCAGAUGCUAAAAGAUAACUCAGGGAUCAGUUCCCAAAAGUGGAAAUGGAGGGAUUUUGUGGCAUGCUAUGCCAUUUAAUAUUUGUCCUUUAUCGGCUAUAGGCUAUAUAUUUUCUUCUCUUAGUAAUUAGUUUGGUAGGGCUGCCAUAACAGAGUACCGCAGACUGGGUGGCUUAAACAACAGAAAUUCACGUUCCCACAACUCUGGAGGUGGGAGAACAAGAUCAAGGUGUUGGUAAGGUCACUUCUUUCUGAGGGCUCUCUCCUUAGCUUGGAGAUGGCCAUCUUCUUCCUAUACCUUCACAUGGUCUUUCUUCUGGUCUUUGUCUUUGUCUUAAUCUUCUUUUCUUAUGAGGACACCAUUUUUUUCUUUUUGGAAUAGGCCCACCCUAAUGACUGCAUUUUAACUUAAUUACCUCUUUAAAGGCCCUGUCUUCAAGUAUGGUCACACUCUGAGGGAUCAGGGGUUAAGAUUUCAUCAUGAAUUUUGGGAAGGCAUAAUUUAGCCUAUAGUAAGUGAAAAUUUGAAAACAUUGCACGUAAAGAAGUUGAUAACAGUGAUUGGCUCCACAGCAGGAGAGGUAGCCUGGGAAGUCAGAGGAAGAGUUGUUGGUCAUCGCGCAAUUUUCUGUAUUACAGUGUUUGAAUUUUGUUACUACAGAUAUUUAAUACCUAAUCAAAAAUAGAAUGACUGCAUGUCUAUUGCACUUUAACAUUUAGUGAAUACAAUGAGCAGAAAUGCAGUGUGACCGUUCACUGAGCCUGUGGGAUUGGGAUCUGAGCACCCCAAUCAGUGCAGGAAUGGGGCCUGCCUCGCCGUUCCUUGUGUAACUCGCUUUGAGUAAACUGGUCUCCCCGCUCUGUGGACUGCGGACUCUGCUGGGCUUGGAUAAGGACACCAUCGCUGUUUUACUCCCAGGUCCUUGCACAGAGUUGGCACUCAAAUACCUGUUGUAGGAAUGAACACACCCAUGCGUCCAAGGAGCAGAGCAGGUUUGGGGAAUGAGCCCUUUCUGAUCUGUUCUUGCUGCAGAAAGUGGCAGGAAGGGUGGUGCAGGGCGGGGAGUUCUAUGUUUUGAGUAAUUUAGUAAACUUAAUUAUAACAAAAGAUUCAAGGGGGAACCACUUAGUCUAAUUUGCCUUCUUCUGUGUCUUUUGGAAAAGAAAAGAAGGAUUCUGCCUUCUUUGGGGCUGUUUUUAAAUAAUCUAAAGUCUCUUGACACCAUUGCUACUCUUUAUUUUGAAAAGAGAGGUAGUUAUGAGGCAAUGACAUGCACCCUAAAUGGAUUUCUUUCACAAAUCCAUCAACCCCAAUUCCCUUUCUGUCUCUCAGUUUAACUCCGGUGCCCACCUUUUACCCUAACACUGCCUCUCACCUUUUGUUGAUUUAGGCUUGGGGUUUUCAGGAAAAGACUCAGCCUUUCUGGUUCUCCCCAGAAAGCACAAGGCUCCCUUCUGAGAACCUGUAAGAGAGGCCGAACAGGUAGCUCUGCACUGUCCUCUCACAGGCACUCUGGGAGCUCCACCUGGUCCUGAAGACAUCUUAGCGCUUUGGAAAACCGGUUUGGGUUGAAAUGAGAGCGUUCAGGUCAUGCUGUGCAUGAGGUGUAAAUGGGAAUGAGUGAGUGAAUGAUGACAUCUGGCUCUCGAAUGCAGGCAGGAGGUUGUCCUGCGAGGAGGACUGAGCAGAUUGGGCACAGGUAAGUUCCGGCUUGUCUUCUGCUGUGGCCCCUGGUACUGAGAACACCAGCAGUUUGUGGAACUCUCUCCUCACAUCAGCUUCCUGCUGUGUCUGGAGCCCUCUCCAGACCCACCUCCAUUUGACUUCUUCCAAAUUGGUGUGGGAGGCACUAGAUGCCUGUAUCACUUGAGGAUCCACACAGGCAGCAUAUUUUUGCUAAAAGCUGCAAAAUGUCCUUAAGAGUAAGCUGUAAAGUACCUCAUUCUUAGUUCUCAAGUUGAUGAAAGGGUGAGAAGUGAAUGUCAUCUGCUUUGGUGUAACAGACAGGGGCCGAAGACAGGCGUGUGCACCAUAGUUCCCAUCACAGAGGCUGGGCUUUGCUAGGUUAAUCGGUCAGGAUAUUUGCACAUUUUCUCAAAAGGAAUGACAAAACAGCAAAAGGAAAUUCUCGAGUCCUUUUUAAAUGACAUUUAUAAACACCAAAAUUAGGAUCAGAAGAAGGGGAGUUUAGGACUAAAGAAAGUUAAAGAUGGAUAACUGACACCCCACAACUAAUAUAACAAAGUUACAAAAUGUACAGAGCCACUAGACUAUACAACUUGUUUGAGGCCACGAACUGAGUGCUUAUCAUUUUGUAUCAUCUUCUAGUAUCUAGGAGGCCUGACCCACAAACUGAGUCUUCUACAAAUUUUAAUUCAGCAGAAUUAUUUUAAUUGUAUCCCAUGUUCAGAGCUGAGCAACCUGAGACCCUCAGUGGAAUCUGUGAUAGUCUUCAGUCUGGGGCGAUGCAAGGUCCUAUGAUUGAUGGCAAUGGAACUUCAGACAUUAAAGUAAAGUUUAAAAGGAAUCAGGAAAUGUGUCCUAGUUGGCUUCCGUAGUGUAUUUACAAUUAGAAAAGAGUGUCCAGCUCUGGAAAGUCUGUUGCAUUUGCUAGCUGAGGGAAUUAAGAAAUCAAAGAGUAGGCAAUUAGAAAGAUACCUGUUAAGAAAUGCCAAAUACUAAUGCUCAUUUAGGGUGGAUUAACUGUAUCUUAAUUAAUGGUAAUCGAUGGUAUUUGGUACAAGUAAAAUAUAUUUCUCCUGAUAGAUUCUGAAAAAAAAAAAGAUGGUCCAUUUAAAAAUAGUUCAUCAUUUCAAGUAAAGGGACAUAUUUGAGGCCUUAUCUCACAGAAUCAGGGAUGACUAUUAAAAAUAACACGAGUCUGAAAAAGAGUCCAGUGGAAUUAAAUCUUCGUAAAAAGAAAACUUAGUAGUCAAAACUGGGGUGGGAGGAAGGAUGAUCCAGGAUGAGGUGUGUGACAAAAACCAAGGACUAUGGUGAUUAAACUAAAAGGGCAGAAACAUAAGCAAGUAUUAGCUCAAUUCCCAAUGGAAAUACUGUUGAAAUGGUGUGGAGGGUCAACUGGGCUAAAUUCAGGCGUUUUCAGUUCAUGGAUAUGUUCUUUCUCAUAUCCUGGCCUGCUCUACAGUGUUUCUGAAAGACAGUCAUAUAAUGAGUUUUCCCUUAUUUGUCCUGGCCAUCAAUUACUGGAGAAUAAGGAAGAUGAUGUGGAUUCUGGAAAGUAAAGAAUUGAUCAGCCAGCUUCAUGCCCAAAGCUAUCAAGCCUGGUGCUUAGAAUCCACGUUCUCAAGUCUGGCUCUUUGUUUAGACAAAGAAAAAAAAAGUCAGUGGGGAGGCUUGAGAGAGACAUCUCCCCACCCCCGGUGAAGACUGAGGACCUGUCAGUCUAUUACUUAGUAUCUUGUUGAGAAAUUGGUGAACAACUGAAAGAGUUUAUCUGAUGACUGACCAGGUGUGAAUUUAGCACAGAGUAUUUGAUUCUUAGAGUGUGGGGAUUAACUUGAAAGUUGUGUGUUUCCCUUCACUCUGUUUCCACGCAAAGUCAACAAUCUCAACCAUGUCUAAGAGGGAGAGUCCUCUGCUCAACAGAGGAUGCUUCUUUCUCUGUCUUCCUUUCCCUUCCCUACACUUUUGAUAUUCUUCUUCAGUUGCUUGUUGGUGUAUUGUGGGUAUGCGUGCGUGCAUUUAGAACCUAAAGGAUUGGAUUUUUCCCAAAUGUAUGCCUUUGAUUUUUAUCUGGCAUACUUCUCUAUUAAAAACAUGUUUUGUCUAUUUGAUCCCAGCACAAAGCAGAUGUGCUGCAAAUGUUAGCUGACUCCGGUCCUUCUAAUAACAGUGAUGGGAAAUCAGGGCAAAGAAUGUGUUGUUUUUGCAAAUACUGCUCUUCAAAUCUCAAGUGAUAAAAGAGUCAGCUAAUGACCCCCUGGGUCCCAGGCUUUCACUGGAGUCUUCUAAAAUACACAAAACCGAAGUAAAGGCAGGACACCAUUAGCACUACAUAAUCCAAGCAAACAAAUGUGUUUACACUGCCUGACUACUGACCACCUGCCUUCCCAUCCCACAAGACAGGUAACUAUAUAUGGGAUCUGGUCUUCUUGUUCACAGUCCUGGGGGGAGAGAGCCUCUCCUUUGGGCCUCACCAUCUGUGAAUCUGAAGGAAGCUGGGCCCUGACAACAUGAUUCUCCUCUUACUUCAGCUGCUGGUGCUCUUGCCUCUGGGGAAGGCUGCAGGGCACCCGGGUGGCCUCCAGAGUCAGCGUUCUGUUUCCCUCAUGCUCCUAGAAAGAAAUCGCAGGGAGCUUCCCAUGGGCAACCUGGAGGAGGCUGAGGAGAAGCCAGACCUGUUUGUUGCGGUGCCACACCUGAUAGGUGCCAGCCCUGCGGCGGGAGGCCAGGGGCACAGAGAGAAGAUGCUGUUCAGGUUUGGCAGACUCUGGAAGAAGCCUGAGAGAGAACUGCACCCAACUCAGGACCUGGUCAGUGAGCACUUUUCACCUGGGACCCCAACCCUCACUCAGUCAGAGGAUGGGAUGCAGACAAAGAAGUCUCCUCUUCAGGAAGAAGCCAAGAAAUUCUGGCACCACUUCAUGUUCAGAAUGAGUCCGGCUUCUCAGGGGGUCAUCUUGCCUAUCAAAAGCCACGAGGUGCAUGAGGAGACCUGUAGGACAGUGCCUUUCAGCCAGUCUAUCACCCAUGAAGACUGUGAGGAAGUAGUUGUACAGAACAACCUUUGCUUUGGGAAAUGUGGGUCUGUUCGUGAUCCUGGAGCUACACAGCACCCCCACUUCUGCUUCCACUGCUCACCUGCCAAGUUCACCACAAUGCACUUGCAGCUGAACUGCUCAGACCUUGCCCGCGUGAUCAAGGUGGUGAUGCUAGUAGAGAAGUGCCAGUGCAAGGUGAAGACGGAUCACCAUGAGCAUGGACACCUCCUCCAGGCAGGCUCCCAGGCAGAAUUUCAUGCCCAUGAUCCCUUUAUCCCAGGAUUUUCAACUUGAAAAGCUAUCCCAUUAUUACCUUGAAAAGCAAAACCACAAUAACAAAGAUACUGAUUAUUCAGUCUAGAAAUGUUCAGUGGGUACAUAAUACUUUAAAGGAAAGGUGGUUCAAAAAGUAGUAAGAUAGAAUAAUUGAGAAGAAAUGGCAUUCAUCUAGUUAUCAGUAUACAUUUGGUAUCUAGUUUUGACUCUGCUACUUGCUGGUCAUUGAAUAUUAACAAGUUUCAGAAGCUUUCUCCACUGCAAGCUGUUCAUCUGUAAAUGAAGGACUUGAACUAGAUGGUUGCUAAAGUUCUUUCCACUACUAAUAUUCCGUGAUCCAUUGUCUCCAACAUUGGAGAAAAGCUGUCCAUCUGAAGGAGGAAAAGAAAUAAGCUAGACCAUAAAAAUGGGCUUCUUUAAUAACUUGUUGAAGCACCAGCAAAUGUAUAUAUACAUUAAAUUGGUAGAAGGAUAUCUUAUAUUUAUAGCUGCCUUUGCAUCUCAGGCAGUAUUUUAUUUGAGUUCUAUCAGAUGAUUAAGUAGUUCCAUAGAUGUAAGUAGUAGCUUGUUUGGUUGCCUCUUUAUUUUUGAUACUCCCCAUAUAAAGUUCUCUGGCUUUGAAGAAGAUCAUUGAUGUUAGUUUUAGUGCUUUACCUGGAAUGAGAAGCAAUCAUUGGUAGCCAAACAAGUGCCUAUAUUAUGGGAGAGAAAAAAUAGGCCAAUCCAGGUGUAAAGGUCAAUCCAGAGAUGCUAAUGAAAGUAACCAAAGAAUUCCAGUAGACAUUAAAUUAAAUAAACAGCAAAUGAUUUAAAAUUGAAACAAUGUACUAGUGAAAUCCUUCAUCCACAUACAUUUUGGAUUAGGUGUUAAGGGUUCUGUGUUUGGAUGACUUUUUUUUGCUACUGUACUUGAAUUACAAAUUUUAUUCUGCAAAUGCCACAGUUGCAAGUUCUGCAAAUAUUCUGAAUAUUUUAAUGUAUUAAAUUUUAACAUACGAAGCAUUCUAGGAAACGUCAUGACUUUCAAUUGUCUUAUAUUUUGUCCUUAUUUAAGUUCAUAGUUUAAAUGCACUAUAUGGAGAUUACCUAGCUGGAAAUGUUUUGGCAAUGGCCUCAGAGUCCAAUGACAAUAGCCC